AUGGGAAACUCCCAGACCAAGGAGUCACGCUCCACAGCCCCGUCAAGUCGUCGAAGUCAAUUAUCCUCGGGCGCUUCUGAUUCCUCAAGUCGACCGUAUCAUGGUUCUCGGUCAGCCAGAGGCAGCAGGCCCGACCUUUCGAUUCUGGGAAUCGGCAGUCAUGAUCGAGAGGUGGUCACGUUAGAAAAUCGUCGAGAGACAAAACAAGAGCGCGAAGCCCGCCGCUUGGAGAAGGAACGGGUGGCUCGUCUCAAAGAAAGGGAGCGCAGUAUGAAGGAAGAGCAUGUCGAUGGAGGCUAUCUCGUGACACAGGGCGUGUAUGUGGGGAUAGAAGACUACAACAAGGCCGUGGUGCGCCAACUGAUGAUUGAACGCCGAUUGGCUCCCUUCUGGAGAGGUCUUGAUGACUUUUCGGAGUCGUGGGCUGAGCAUCAGAUUAUGGCGGCUGCACGCGGCAUGCCCAUUCCCCUGCCUGAUGAGAUUCCGCCCGAGCUAGAGUACAAACUAUCCAAGAUCACAGACAAAACCUCAGCGGAUACGACAAAUAUUCAACAUCUGACAGUGCCGAUCACGGCCAGGUCGCAAUCUUGCAAUUCAGAUGCUUCGCAGUCCUCCAACCCCCCUCAAUCAUUACCCUCAGCAUCUCCAAUCGCAUCCGGAACAUCCACCUCACCUCUUUUUCGAACAAGAGCGAAGACCUUGGCUGCUUUGACCACCUCCAAGCAAAACUCACAAACAGAUCCAACCACCCGGGAACUACAGCUUCCCAAGGACCCAUUUGUCAACGGGCAGCCGAUCGAAGUCAAUUUGUACAAAGACGCAAGCGAGUGUCCUAUCUGUUUUCUCUACUAUCCGCCAUACUUAAAUCAUACCCGAUGCUGCGACCAACCCAUUUGCUCUGAGUGCUUCGUGCAGAUCAAACGCCCGGACCCGCACCCCCCGGAGCAUGGGGAGCCUAACGCGAAUGCGCCUUCGGCUGAGGGAGAGCAGGCUGAGUCGACCGAGUCACAACUGGUCUCCGAGCCCUCGGCAUGCCCCUUCUGUGUCCAGCCGGAGUUCGGAGUCACUUAUGCCCCACCCUCGUUCCGCCGGGGCCUGACUUAUGCUCCAGACCCCACCGCCCGGCUCUCACCUAACUUCACUUCUCCUGUAUCCUCCACCUCCUCUUUAUCAUCUGCCAAUGCAGCUGUGCCAGGUCGCCGCCGUGCGACCUCACUAUCGGCUACUGAUCCCACGGUAGUCACAACGGAUAGGAUUCGACCGGACUGGGCGACCAAAUUAUCGAAUGCACGAGCCCAUGCGGCACGUCGAUCUGCAGCAGCGACUGCCCUUCACACUGCGGCGUAUUUGAUCAACCCCAGUGCAUCUGGGAGUGACUCGCGCGGGUUUGGCAUCGGGCGACGCGGAAUGCGCAGAGCUACCGGCGGAGAAGGGUAUGGCGGCCGGACCGCGUCACCCGCCCUCAAUGCAUUGGCUUUCUUGACGGAGCGUACAGGUGCUGAUCGGAUACCUCGAGCAAUUGGACAUGAUACCGAUUCUGCUUCUGCCGAAGAAGGAGUGGGUAACAUGGCUGGUCGAUCAAGCUCGAGGCGCAAUCGAAUUGACGAUCUUGAGGAAAUGAUGAUGAUGGAAGCUAUCCGACUGAGUUUGGCCAGCGAAGACGAGCGCCUCAAGCGGGAAGAGAAAGAGGCAAGAAAGGAGGCCAAAAAGAGGGAGAAGGAGAAGGAGAAGGAGGUUAAGAAGGCGGAUAAAGUGGCUCGCAAGACUGGCUUGUACGGCAAUAAUGCUAGCGCCUCUGCUUUGGACAUUCUUGCUGAGUCCAAUUUAGCUAGGGAGACUAGUGGUUCAUCCUCUGUUAUAGGCGAGGAUGUCAUUGGUGAAGAUAUUGCUGCUAGUAGCAAAGGCAAGGGAGUUGACCGUGCGUUGCCAUCGACCGCAGAAGAAACAAACCGCCCUCCGCUGCUUGAUCCAGCAGCACCGGCAGGUCAAUCGGCGGAUCCGUCCGAGCUGUCACGGCAAUCUAACCUGCGACAGGUCUCCAGCGCCUCUUCAUCGCUCUCAUCUGUUAUGGAAACUACCCCAGAGGAUGGCGCAAUUGGUGCCGCUGCUGGAGAUGGCAAUACCGGCUCUUCUGAGCCAAUGUACAAUUUCCGCAGUCUAGCUGCCGUUAUUGGAGACGAGGAGAAGGUGGAUGACUCUACGGAACACGUCGAGGAUACCUCCAAGAAGCCACAAACAGAGCGCUCUUCCUCGAGUGCAACUCCGUCGAUUCAUCAGCCUUUCUCGGAUGUGAACCCUGAAUCGACGCAUAUCAUUGAGUCUCGUGUGGAGUGUCGUGAUCACUCUGGUAUCCUUCCUAAGGAACUUGAGACUCGCUCUGUCGAAAUCACCAAUUCCUCGACACAUCCGGAGGCUACUUUGUGA